CAAAACACUUCAUGAGAGUUAUUUUCGUAGGACAAUUUUGAGGUCGAGGUCUGUUCAAAAGGUUUAUUUUCCGGUCGCCACUGAAUUGGCGUCACUGGUUGGCCAUUUCAGAAAAAAUGGCUGGCUCUGGGGAAGGAUCAAAGGCAUGGAGCAAGAUCAGGUAUAAACAGGACAUGCCCCCGCCCGGGGGCUAUGGAAGGAUUCCAUAUCUAAGAAAUCUUCCCGUGCGUGGACCCAGCAGUUAUGGAAUUUUUGGGUUUGCUAUUUUUACAUUUGGGUAUGGUUUCCAUAUCAUAAGAAAAAACAUGAAAUUGGACGAAUUUGAAAAACGGGAAACACGACUAAUUGAAAUGACAUAUCUCCCGCUUUUGGAAGCCGAAAAAGAUCGUAAUCACCUCAGAGAAUAUAAAGAAAUAAUGGAAGCCGAAGCACUCAACAUCAUCGGUACUGGAUCAGACCCUGAUCAUGUGGUAGGACAACACGAAUGGGAGUCGAAAAGAUGGCGAGCACCGUAUCACCAAUACCCAGAAGUGAUCUAUUCAUGGACUCGUGCCAUAGAUCUGUGGUAUCACCAAUAUUUCCGUAAAGAUGUUCCAGGACCUUAGAUUUUCCAUUUAUUUGAUUUCAGAAUUUGUUAUUUGAGUGUUAGUUUUUAUAAUUGGAUUCAUAUUCAAAUGCUCUCGUACUUGUUUGAAUUUUUUCUAGUUGUUCUAAAUUAGAUUCCUAAUAAAUAAAUUAGUUAUUCAGCAGUUCAUUCUAAAAUAGUAAUUUAUAAAAUAUAUAGCAAUGAAUAUGUAAGUAUGUAAUACUUUAUCAUGUGCCUCGUCAAGUUUAGCAAUACAACCCAAUAAUUGUUAAAUUGUAAAAUAGCUGAAUUGAUGCUACCUUCCUGUUGAAUACAUUGUUCCAAUCUUUGAUUCAGGAACUGGUAAAAAUGUCCCGAUUCUAAAACUCACCAGAUCGAAUAAUUAUAUGUUUCACAUUACCAUGAGAUCGUUAGUACAGCUUGAUACCCUUUUCUAAAUCCUAGAGCUACUAUGGCUAAAGGCUAUGGCUCUAGCUAUUAUGGAAAGAGAGUAGAUUUGUUAGUGAUGUUAUUACAGUUAUGCUUUAUAUGAUUCACCAAUCCAAAGUUUGCUCCAAAUUUUGUUUAUUUUGAAUAUGAUACUGUUAUUAAACACUUAUCAUUCUAAAUGACAUUUUCUGUUUAUUCUGAUUGGUUACUUGUUUCAAAAAUAUUUAGA